AAAUCUGAUCCGAGUCAUGAAGCUGUUAGAUGUGAAGUUGUUAGUGGUGUGCACGUGUGCAGUGAUGGUGUGUGUGGAGGCGCGGUGUCUGCACGGGCCUCGACCCGUCCUGGACGACGAGGCUGCCUCGGAGAACCGCGAACCAGGGCUGAGGAGUGUGGACAACUCGCGACUCCUGAGGGCGCUGUGGAGGACCCGGGCGUCCCAGGAGGUAGAGGUGCCGGCCAACUCGCGACUCCUGUGGGCGCUGUGGAGGACCCGGGCGUCCCAGGAGGUAGAUGUGCCGGCCAACUCGCGACUCCUGUGGGCGCUGUGGAGGACCCGGGCGUCCCAGGAGGUAGAUGUGCCGGCCAACUCGCGACUCCUGUGGGCGCUGUGGAGGACCCGGGCGUCCCAGGAGGUAGAGGUGCCGGACAACUCGCGACUCCUGUGGACGCUGUGGAGGACCCGGGCGUCCCAGGAGGUAGAGGUGCCGGCCAACUCGCGACUCCUGUGGGCACUGUGGAGGACCCGGGCGUCCCAGGAGGUAGAGGUGCCGGACAACUCGCGACUCCUGUGGACGCUGUGGAGGACCCGGGCGUCCCAGGAGGUAGAGGUGCCGGCCAACUCGCGACUCCUGUGGGCACUGUGGAGGACCCGGGCGUCCCAGGAGGUAGAGGUGCCGGACAACUCGCGACUCCUGUGGGCGCUGUGGAGGACCCGGGCGUCCCAGGAGGUAGAUGUGCCGGCCAACUCGCGACUCCUGUGGGCGCUGUGGAGGACCCGGGCGUCCCAGGAGGUAGAGGUGCCGGACAACUCGCGACUCCUGUGGACGCUGUGGAGGACCCGGGCGUCCCAGGAGGUAGAGGUGCCGGCCAACUCGCGACUCCUGUGGGCACUGUGGAGGACCCGGGCGUCCCAGGAGGUAGAGGUGCCGGACAACUCGCGACUCCUGUGGGCGCUGUGGAGGACCCGGGCGUCCCAGGAGACGGCGGUGGUGUCCGACGAGAGAGCCCAGGACGAGACGAAGCCCGAGUCCUGGAGACCAGAGGUGCUGCUGUUAUACACGUCAAUCCCUGUCGUCGUGGCAGUGGCAGCGAUCAUGGCAGGGCUGAAGCUGGCCGGCGUGGACAUCGUCGUGGAACCGCAGCGCCAGUGGGACGCCCCGUGGGACCCCCUGUGGGACACCCCGUGGGACGCCCCGUGGAAAGGCCCCUGGGGCGCCCCGUGCUUUGACCUCCCGGCGGCGAGGCAGCUGGCGGAGCCAGGGAGCUGCCUCGUCCACCGGCGCUUCACCCCUGGAUACGUCUGAACUCUGGGUGCCAGCUGUAGAGUGGAUUUUGUUUAGUUAAAAGAAAUAUGUAUGAUUUAAAAUAUCAUGAUUACAAAAAAAUAUUUUUUACACUAGUGAUAUUAUAUUGAACUAGGUAGUUUACGUUACUUGCCACCAUCAAACGCAGAUAGCAAUCAGCAGCACGACACAACAGGAAAUUCGAAACUAUUGGAGUUGAUUUUCGACAAGGAAUUUUAUUAAAAUACUGCCAGUCUUUUUU